GUAAAUACACACGGUACCGGUGAAGGAGGUGUUUCGCUGAGCUGCGGGACCGGCUCGCCGUCAAACUGCUGACUAAAAAUGGUCCAUUUUAACAAACGCACGUUAGCGUGGAGCGCGAAUGCCACGGUUACAGCGGACGGCGGGACUACGGAUUUAAAGCUCCGCGAUGACGGUUCCGGUGCAUUGGUUUAGUAUAUGACAUAAAGGACCGUGAACAGAUGAUGGUUUACGUUAAACGUCUUUUAUUUAUUUGACUCGGUUGUGAUUGUCGAGCGAAAGGUUUCAUUGCUGUCGCCGUCUCUGGUUGAAAACAUUGUUGCAAACGUUGAUUUAUCGGCACAUCAAAGCAAGAUGACAGUGGAAAACACAACUAUUAAAAGUCGGAUUAAAAAUCUCCUUCGACAGCCGUCCAUCAAAUUAAGAAGAAGCAAACCUGGCAACAACAAGGAGAAUCUCAGCAGUAAGGUGACUUUGGAUAAAGUUUUAGGCAUCACCUCUGCUGGGAACCGGGCUCUGGCAUGUGAUCCACACUCGGGGCUGGUGGCCUACCCGGCCGGGUGUGUGGUGGUGCUGCUGAAUCCUAGAAAAAACAAACAACAUCACAUUCUCAACAGCUCCAGGAAAGCCAUCACCACCGUCUCUUUCUCUCCUGACGGCAAAUAUGUGGUCACGGGUGAGAGUGGUCAUAUGCCGGCGGUGCGUGUCUGGGAUGUGGCGGAGAGGACGCAGGUGGCCGAGCUGCAGGAACAUAAGUACGGCGUGGCGUGCGUCGCUUUCUCCCCCAACAGCAAAUACAUUGUCAGUGUGGGUUACCAGCAUGACAUGAUCGUCAACGUCUGGGCCUGGAAGAAAAACGUGGUGGUUGCUGCCAACAAGGUCUCUAGUAAAGUGUCGGCCGUGUCUUUCUCAGAUGACAGCUCGUACUUCGUCACGGCAGGAAACAGACAUGUGAAGUUUUGGUACCUGGACCACACCAAGUCGUCGAAGGUGAGUGCCACUGUGCCGUUACUGGGUCGAUCUGGUCUUCUGGGAGAACUGCGGAAUAAUUUCUUCAGCGAUGUGGCCUGUGGAAAGGGCUGGAAAGCGAGCAGCACAUUUUGCAUCACUUCCUCUGGGCUGCUCUGUGUGUUCAGUGACAAAAGAAUGCUGGACAAGUGGGUGGAGCUCAGGAGAAAUGACAGUUUCGCAACUAGUAUGGCCACGUCUUUGUCCGUCACCGAGGAUCUGAUAUUCUGCGGCUGUGCUGAUGGUACAGUGAGAGCCUUCAGUCCCAUUGACCUGCACUUUAUCUGCACACUGCCUCACCCCCACAGCCUGGGCACGGACAUCGCCACUGUCACUGAGGCCAGUCACCUCUUCACCUACAAGGAGAACGUCCGGUAUCCCGACACAGUUGCCGUGUCCUAUGACCCCACCAACCGCUGGCUGUCCUGCGUCUACAACGACCACAGUCUGUACGUGUGGGAUAUUCGCGAUCUCCGUAAGGUGGGCAAGGUGUAUUCGGCCCUGUACCACUCGUCUUGCGUUUGGAGCGUGGAGGUAUAUCCAGAGAGAAAGGAUGGCGAGUCACGUUUGUCUCCCGGGUCUCCUGGGUCCUUCCUCACCUGCUCAUCUGACAACACGAUCCGCUUGUGGAACACAGACGCUCAGAACACGACGCUCAACCGGAACGUUAUCAGCGGUGACCUCCACAAGGUCAUUUAUAUGGACAACAACACCUCCACCCUUUUGGACACAGAUUGCACCCUCUCUAGUAACUCGGAGAAGGUCGACCCGCAGACCUCCGAGAACCGGACAGGCAUUAGGACCAUGUGUGUGAGCCCAGAUGAAAUGCACUUGGCAUCAGGGGACCGCAAUGGAACGCUGAGAAUCCAUGAUUUGGAGAGCAUGGAGGAGAUUCUGGAUGUUCAGGCCCACGACUCUGAGAUCUUGUGUUUGGAGUAUUCUAAACCUGAGACCGGGCUGAAGCUGUUGGCCACGGCCAGCAGAGACCGACUGAUUCACGUUCUGGAUGCUGAUAACGAAUACAGCCUUCUUCAAACUCUGGAUGAACACUCGUCCUCCAUCACUGCCGUCCGAUUCGCUGCUAAUGAGGGUAAAGUCAGAAUGAUCACAUGUGGAGCGGAUAAGAGUAUAUACUUCCGCACAGCACAGAAGACAACAGACGGUACAACAUUCACACGAACGCAUCACAUAGUGAGAAAGACAACGCUGUACGACAUGGACAUCGACCCCACCAGAAAAUAUGCUGUCGUCGGAUGCCAGGAUCGCAGCAUCAGGAUCUUUAACAUUGCCAAUGGCAAACAGAAGAAAGUCUACAAGGGCUCUCAGGGAGAGGACGGGACACUUAUCAAGGUCCAGACAGAUCCAUCAGGUUUGUAUGUGGCCACAAGUUGCUCGGACAAGAACAUCAGCAUCUUUGACUUCUACACUGGAGAAUGUGUGGCCACCAUGUUUGGACACUCUGAGAUUGUAACUGGGAUGAAGUUUACUAAUGACUGUAAACAUUUGAUAACGGUGUCAGGAGACAGCUGUAUCUUUGUAUGGCGACUGUGUCCUGAGCUGACCAUUAACAUGAGACAGCGUCUCGCAGAGCUCAAACAAAACAGCAGACCGGUUCAGAAGACUCCUCCAAACAAACAGAACACAGUUAGCACAAGAAGAGAUGUCCACAGUGCUCCUGUCAUCGGCACCAUGUCAUCUGAUAGUGACAAGGAUGUGGAGGAAGAGGAGGGUAUUGAGGAGGAAGAUGAGAUGUUCCCUCAGCUAUCAUCAUCAGGCGAGGAAACCGGAUCAUCAGAGGAGAAACACAACAAUCUCAACUCCCAGAUGAAGAAGCAACACAACAGCGGUGUUGAGCAUCACGAUGGUUCAGGUCCACGGCCGAGGCGCCGCUGGUCCAGACGGAUCGGCAGCAUGGAUCUAAAGGUGAAGUCAAUGUUGGACCUGAGGCAGCUGGAGUCCUUCGCUAUGCCUCUCUUUCCCAGUAAAACCACUGAUGUUCAUAAAAAACCACCACCACGCAGGAACCAAGAACUGGGAAGCACCAUCAGUCUCCAGACCAUCGCUGCAUGGGUACCUGAAGAGAAUGGCUCAGAAAGUCAAACUCGUCCUCAGUACAUUGAGUUGUCCUCUCAGACUCCAGAUGCGGAGGUGCUGUAUCCUGAGGGAUGUGAAGACCAAAUCAGUCUGGCUGGCAGUGAGUAUCAGGUGAAUAGGUUUCCUCCUGGAAUGAGAUGUGCUAAAGUCAACACUUGCCUUGAGAAGCAGAGUCCAGACAGCGCCUGCUCAAUGGAAUAUUCCAGCAGCCGUCUGUCCAGCCCUGAGCAUCCUGGAGAAUUUCUAUUUUUUGGGGACUCUGAGCCCACUGAGCCAUUGAGCGUCGAUGGAAACUCUUCGGAACUGGAUAUGGAGGAUCUGGAUGAGGAAGAAGACGACACCUUGAAGAACAGUGAUGUUCAGACUCCCGUGCCUCAGACACCAGACCAGGAGGCAUUUCUUAAGAAACACUUUGCAAACCUCUCAGACCUCAACACACCUGCAAGUUCAACCAGAGUCACCGCAACCAUCUCUGACAGCAUAUCGUCAAAGUUCUUCUCUCAGAAUUCCCCUAGCAGAACUGGAUUCCCAUUCCCCUCAAACAAAAGCACUAAUGGUAAGACCACCAGCGGCGUGGUGCGGCCCCUUAUCUCAGAGGUGCGGCCCAUCAUGGAAAACAAAAGACAGCAGGAAAUCCAGAGCUCUGACAGGACAUUUCAGCGUUUGAUCCAGAAGAAACGCACACCCGUCACAGACUCCCGCAGGCUCAUCAGCCCAAUCGCUAAAGCUGCCGCGAGUCAGAGCGGAUCGGCGGGCAUGAGGAAAGCUCAAUCCAUCCACAACAUCUCCUCAGAAGCUGAUGUGGUCCAGACACCUCCUCGUCCAUCUAAAGAAGUCCAACCACUGAUCCAAAACUCAGAACGAGGUGUCCUACACCACACUACACCACGACGUUCCCUUCCCACUGUCCCACUCACCAGCCCUAUGACCCCGCUCACACAGGACAUCACCACACCCACAAGACCCAAGUCUCGCUCUUACAUGAGCCCUACCACCAGCUCCAUGGCCAAGAUGUCCCGCUCCGUGUCCAUGGGGGACAACCUGAACGCGGUGGAACUAGAAGAGCCUGGAUCCUCAGAUCCACGCCCGGACUUCACACGGAGCACCUCACAGAGCAAGCCAACAACUCCCGUCGCCAUAGUUUCCUCUCCAAAUACUACUGCGGCACCCUUUCCAGGCCCGUACACACCUCACGCUGCAGUUGCACCGAUGCUCAGCGCUGGCUCGAGUGAAAGUCCUUUCUCCAAAAGUCUGCAAGCCAGACUGACCGGCAGUGCUCGCCCCCUGCUCCAUAUCGACAUUCCCAAUCCUCUUCCAGUCAAACCUUCCCUGUCUUCCCUUUCACCCAGCAGCAAAAGCCCAAGGUUUGUACAAAAGGAUAAAGGGUUCGCAAGCAGAACCCCAACGACUCCGUCUUCACUUCACGAAGCGUGUUUGGUGCAGCCGGUCACAGCUGUGCGUCUGACCCCAUCUGAAACCACGGAUCGGAUCGAUGUCAGUUUGGUGCUCAUUUCAGAUCCGUCUAAAGAUUUGACUGAAGCAGAACUCAACUCAAACGCAGAGACGGAAAAAGAGGAAACCACCAGGGAUGAGUGUUCUUCAACGGGACAGUGCAGUCCAGGUGUUCUUCAGGACUCAGACGCAUGUCUCAAUGUGGAUUCUUGUAGGCUGCUUGCCAGUGAACUGCAGAGCGGUUUUCAAAGAGCCUCCCACCUCUAUAAAAUGCUAAGCAACUCCAGCGACUCCGGCGAGGAGCAGCAGGAAAUGACACGUGUCCUGGCCGAAGCUUUUGAGGCGAUGAGAGUCGAGCUGAAUUCCCUUCCUCCGUGCCCUCCUCAAAGACUGCCCAGCGCCGACAGCGCACGCACGUUCGCUAACACUGACGACCGGACGCUUGCCCUUUUAGAGCAGUACUCCAAACUUCUCCUCAACGCUGUGGAAAAGAGGAUGGACAACAAAAUCUGAGUACUCGUAACAGGAUUUGAAGCCAUGAUACUGGAUUGCAGAAGCGAGGAGUUUGAAAUAAAGAGUUUGAAAAGAACGCAGAUAUUCUACCUCCAUGUUUAGCGCUGUUACGUCAGCAACACACCCUUGAUGGUUCUUGCCACUGAUCAUUUUGUGCCCUGCUACUAAAGACAUGUCUGGAUGUUAUUGCCAUUCAACAUGGCUGCCAAAUGAACUAUAAACGAUCAUCGAGGGUUAUCCAUCAUGCUGGCUGCAUGGUACAGCCAUGGAUUAUCAUUUUAAAGACGUUUUUUUAUGCAUGGAUGCAGUCUGACGUAUGUUGAAGUGAAACACUGUUACAACAAACUGUUGUUGAGAGAACGCUCAUGUUUGAAUUUGAUAUUUCAAAUUUCUCUUUCAGAGGGACCAGUAUCCCUGGAAGUCUUAACAAGCCAGAUUUAUCCCACUUUUAACGUUUUAUUACUACAAUGAUUUUAUACUGAAUGUCGUGUUUGUGCUGAUGCUCUCAAGUUCAAUUGGGACGGUGGGAUGUGUAUUUAUUAUUAUGUGAUGAUGGGUCACUGUUUGUUGUACGGUGACGUCGUGUCAGGAAAGUUCAGUAUCACCAGAAAUUUGAUAUUUAGGGAUUGCAAAAAAAAAACGUUUUACCAAUCUAACUGAAUUAUGAAGAAUGAUUUUGUCUUUUGAUAGCUUUUGUACUUGAAAUUGGAUUUGUCUCAAGGAUACAGGUGCCUUAACGUUGACCAGCAGUUUGUCAUCGAGGAAUAAAUCCGGCAUUUGUACUUCAUACAGAUUCCUUUUAGGUUGCAGAUGGCAGCCAAAGCAAAACUGCCACAAUAAACACAACGGAAUUGAAUCGCUCUGGUGAUGCUGGGGAAUAUUUCUUAACCUAAUAGAAAUGUAGUGGGAAAACAUGUUGAGAAAUGACACAAAUCCGAAUGCUUUCGAAUGAUAUUCUUCUUAAAGGUACGUUUUGUUAAAAAGUGGUGUUCUUUUAGUCAUUUACAGCUAAACAAAAUCUGUUAUCACUUCCUAAAAAUCCUUUCUGUAUAUCCCAUAAUUCCUUGCUAAAUAGAUGAUGUUGCUUCUCUAACCUCCGGUAGAAACAAGCCUUCUUUUCCUUAAUUCCAUAUUGAUAAUGUACAGUAAAGCACUGUUUGUGUCCAAGCUAAUGAUGGCGUUUGUAGUUAAGUGUACUGUAACCUCUUAUCUAUAUGAGCAUACUGUAUUUGAUAGUGUUCAGAUUCUCUUGUAUUGUUAAAAAGUGAAGAUGCUUCACAAUUUUUUGCUACCAUAAAUGAUUUUGUCAUGGAGCAAAAUCUGCAGUCACUCAGACACAACUUUAAUUUUUUGCAUUAUAUUGAGGAUAUCAAAAUCUACGCAAUUGACCAAAUGCCUAAUCUGAAAAAAUAUGUACCUUGCGGACACGCUUCAACACUGCAAAUUCCACUUUAAAGACUGUCAUGAUGUCACAACUCUUAUAUCUCUUUGGUCUUAUGGACAAUUGGUGCAAAUGACCAGUUCAAUGCUGAACAACGUUUUUGUAUGCUUCUAUUUUUAGACCAACCUAUAAUACCCCUUUUUUGAGAUUGCACCGGCAAUCUUGCAUUUAGGAAUCUAAUACUUACAAACUGUUUUUGGUACAGUAUGCAUUCCCCAUCUUUUAAUAUUUAAACAUAACUUGAAAUGCAUGAGAUAAAAAUGUCAUAAGCUCAAAUUCAGACAGAAUUCAUUUAGUUACUAAGCAACCAGGAAUGAUGCAGAACUAAACAUUGUACGGAAAGUAGGAUUACAUUGGUAAGAGUGUCAACCGAAUUCUUCUAUACUACAGCAUGAACACACUACUUAUGCAUGAGGAUCGGUGGAUUUUGGGGUCAGCUCGCUCUUUAAACUAGAACGCAUGCUUGCCAGCUUGACUUGCUCCUCAUGAACAAUCAUUUGAACCUUUAGCUUUCAGCUCUGUUUCUGUGAUGACCAAGCUUUGCUCUCAUUGAACAUAUGACCGAAUGAUGAAAUGAUGUAGUCUAGGAUGACAGAUGGACCAGUUUCAAAGAACGUUUGUUUCUUUUGCUCCAAUACCGAAGUCAAGUGUUUUUAUCCUUAGUGUUUAUAAGAUCUAUCAUCCACAGUCUUUCUCAGAGAAGUCAAACAAAUAAAA